UCUUGACACGCCCCUUGAAUAUUCGUUUUCGGUGGCUGAAUGCGGGUUAGAGGGUAAACAGUUUCGAUAAAUUUUUCAUUGAUUUUGUAAUUUUUAUUGAUUGAUGCUCUGAUCGACGCUCGUAAAAUUUUUCAAUCAUUUAAAAUGACGGAGCAACAAAUGGAUUGUGCAUUGGAUUUGAUGAGAAGGUUGCCACCACAGCAAAUAGAAAAGAAUUUAAGUGAUUUAAUAGAUCUUGUGCCAACACUCUGCGAAGAUCUUUUAUCAUCAGUUGAUCAGCCUUUGAAAAUUGCAAAGGAUAAAGAAUCUGGAAAAGAUUAUUUACUUUGUGAUUAUAACAGAGAUGGAGAUUCUUAUAGAUCUCCUUGGAGUAAUACAUAUGAUCCUCCGCUAGAAGAUGGUUCUAUGCCUUCUGAAAGACUGAGAAAGUUAGAGAUAGAUGCAAAUCAUGCAUUUGAUCAAUACAGGGAACUCUAUUUUGAAGGGGGAGUUUCUUCUGUAUAUCUUUGGGAUUUGGAUCAUGGUUUUGCAGCAGUGAUUCUUAUUAAAAAAGCUGGAGAUGGUUCUAAGAAAAUUAAGGGUUGUUGGGAUUCUAUUCAUGUUGUCGAAGUUCAAGAAAAAUCAAAUGGGAGAACUGCACACUACAAAUUGACUUCCACUGCAAUGCUUUGGUUACAGACCAAUAAGCAUGGAUCAGGAACAAUGAAUCUUGGAGGUAGCCUUACGAGACAGGUUGAACAGGAUGCUCAAGUAAGUGAAAGUUCUCCACAUAUUGCCAACAUUGGGCGCAUGGUUGAAGACAUGGAAAAUAAAAUCCGAAAUACCUUGAAUGAAAUAUAUUUUGGAAAAACGAAAGAUAUUGUCAAUGGAUUGAGAUCUGUACAAUCUUUGGCUGACCAGAGACAACAAGCUGCCCUUAGACAGGAUCUCGCAGCCGCACUUCAAAGGAGGAAUGCUAAUAAUUGAUCCUACGAGGAACAUCAACUCUUAUCGGAUUCUGAAGAGUGUCAAUAAAAAAAGAAUAAGAAAGAUACAAAUAAUCGUAAAUGAUGAAAUUAAGAUUCGAAUUGUUGCAAAUUCUGUGACAACAAUUUUGGAUAGUUUCCUGUGAUAUGCAGGGUGCAACGGUAAAGAUGAAUUUUUUCCUGAAGUAUUAAAGAAUUAACAAAAAAAAAAAAUGAGUAAUUGAAUAUCAAUUAUUAAUUAUGUCGAGAUUUUGAAUAAAAUAUUAAGAGACAUUACGAGUGUCUGAGUUUUAUAUAUAGGAUGUGUUUAAAGGUAUGUAACACCUUACAUUGAUGUCAACUAGAUAAUAACCAACUUGUAUCAUUUUCAUAGAAUGCAAUAUUUAUGUUUCAAGAUUUUUCUUUGAAAUACAUAAAUAACAAUUUCAUGUACUUAUACUUCAUUUUAUUGUGCACUCUUUUUUUGUAUUACUUUUAUUCAUUUAAUCAUGCACGUAUUAAAUAUUAAUUUAUAAAGCAUUGUUAUGAUUUUCCGUACAUUUUCAUAGUUUUAUGUAGUGAUUAUUUUUAAUUUCAUAAAUCGCUAUGGACCUUGUGGUUCUUUUUGAAAAUUUGACUUAUGGGAACGUACAAAGUCACAGUAGUGGUUAAAGAAUUUUUCAGAAAUUGUAAUAAUACGAUAUCUAUAAUCUGGUUGAUCGUACACACUAUAGUCAGUCUGUGUAGGUUUAAGUUACAAGAACAUGUCCUUGUACUUGUACAAAUGCAUCUAAUUUUUACAACGAAUAAAUUAUAAAAGAAUUAAGA